AGGCGAGCAGUGGGCAGAGCCUAGGGCGCACCACUGGGUGUCACCCAGCAUCACAUCCGGGUGUCCAGCUGCCGGAGCCUCCACCUGUGCCUGAACACUCUGCAUGUCCUUGAAGACGUCUCCGCUGCUGCCCCAUUACCUGGGUGCCUCUAGGGCGGUGCGGGUGCGCCUGGAUGCCGCUGCAAUGAUGGGUAAAGUGAAAGCCGCUGUGACCGGGCUGUUAGGGGGGUCCCUGCCCAGCAAGCAAAGUGCAUUGCCCGCCCAAUGCGCGGCUCCAGAGAAGGAGACCCCAGUCGUUCCCAUUGCCAACCCUCAGCCCCCCUGUCGGCCCCGUUUCCUGAAGUUGUCGCCGGAGGAGAUCCAGAAGUCGGGCGAUCACAAUGCCAGGAUGGGGCUGACCCUGAAGACGCCCGGAGAGCUGCACUGGGGCACGGGCUAUGCAGAAGUGAUAAAUGCUGGAAAAAGUCAUCACAAUGAAGACCAGGCAUGUUGUGAAUUUGUAGUUGCCGAAGAUAGCUAUAAGAAAUAUAAUAGUUUACCCAGUGACCAGAAUUUAAACACAGAUUUACAAACAGUCUGCACGGUCGGUGAUGGAGUCAGUUUCUAUUACUGGGCACUCUUUGAUGGCCAUGCAGGAUAUGGGUGUGCAUUGACUGCAUCAAAGCUCCUUCACCUUCACAUUUGCAAUCAACUAAGAGACCUUGAACAUAUUCUGCAGCAGACUACAGCCGCUCCUCUGUGUCUGGACCCUGAUACUAAGACUAGACCUGAAAAUGUUUUGGGCACGUCAAAUGAGAAAACGAAUCCUCCUAUGGAGACAGCAGUUCGCUACCAUCUAGAAAAACAAGUUUUUCCUGAAAGUCUUGUCAUUGGUGCACUGGAAAAUGCUUUCAAACAAAUGGACACACAGAUUGAAAGAGAGCGAACAUCACAUAGCAUUGAAGGAGGCUGCUGUGCUCUUGUGACGGUCUACUUGAUGGGCAAGCUAUAUGUAGCCAAUGCUGGUGACAGCAGGGCCAUAAUCAUCCGACAGGGGAAAACCAUUGAGAUGUCACAUGAGUUUACUCCGGAAACAGAAAGGCAGAGGCUGCAACUGCUGGCCUCUUUGAAGCCAGAACUGCUGGGUAAUGAGUUUACUUGCCUUGAGUUCCCACGAAGGAUUCAACAGAAAGAACUUAAGAAAAGAAUGUUGUAUCGUGACCACACAAUGACAGGCUGGGCUUAUAAAACUAUUGAAGAAGAUGACAUGAAGUUCCCACUUAUUUAUGGAGAAGGCAAAAAGGCUAGAGUUAUGGCCACCAUUGGGGUGACCCGGGGAUUUGGAGACCAUGAUCUUAAAGUCUAUAACUCAAACAUCUACAUCAAGCCAUUUUUAUCUUGUAUCCCUGGGGUGAAGGUUUAUGACUUGGUUGGAUGUGAACAUAAUGCCGAUGAUGUCAUGGUAAUGGGCACUGAUGGACUGUGGGAUGUCAUUACUGACAAAGAAGUGGCAGAUGUUAUUCAAAGGGUCUUUUCUUCUUAUGGCACCGAAGAACCAAAUAGGUAUAACCUUGCUGCUCAAGAGCUUGUCCUUCGUACAAGAGGUGUUCGCAAGGAGAAUAGCUGGAGGCUACCAACCGGGAAGCUGGCCUCUCUAGACGAUAUAUCUGUGUUUGUUAUUCCACUGGCUGGACAUGAGAGGUGAAGAAAAAGUACCGGAUGGAGUUUAGGAGCACAAACUUGGUAUAUUUCCUCAACAGCAGGAGGCACAGCAAGCGCUAAGCACUUUAACUUAAAACACUUUCCCCAAAGACUAUUUUGAAGCAUAAUUUUUUUUAUUUAUAUGUAUGUUACAGGUAUGAACAAGCUUAAAGCCGGUCUAAUAAAAGCACAUACAUUACAA